UGCGGAACAUCUGGAUUCACUGAAAAACUCCCGUCACUCUCAUCCUUACAUCCUGAAAAAAGACUUGUUGGUCCCAUCUGGAAAUUCUUCCUUUCAUCACCAGAACUUUUCUAAACAAGAAAACAACAGUUUUCGCACAAUGAAGCAACAAUUUAAUUAUUCGGAUUCAGAAGAUUAUAACAGCUCCCUCCGUGUCUGGCCAACCUACUAUGAGAUGAGUCAUGACUGGACGGAAUAUUUUAGAACUCUUCCUCUGUUUGAUGUUUUAACGCGAAACCUUAUCAAUGGCUCCAUUGCCAUUAUUUGUAUUUUAGGCCUGAUUGGAAAUGGAGCAACAAUUUAUUUUUUGGUCUAUUCCAUUAAGAGGAAUUCUUUCACCACUUUCAUCCUGAAUCUCUCCAUCGCUGAUUUUGGGGCACUCACAUCCUUUAUUAUUGCAGCUACAUUUGUGGCUGUUUUAACUCUCCAUAAAAGGACUAACCUUCUGGCAGUCUUUUUCAUGUUAUUUUUUGAGCUGUUCCUCUUCACCUAUUCUGCCAGCCAGUUUCUGCUGACAGCCAUCAGCCUGGACAGGUGUGCGGCUGUCCUCUUCCCACUCUGGCAUCGCUGCCAUCGUCCUCCAUAUUUGUCCAUCCUGGUUUGUGGCCUCAUCUGGAUCCUCUCCUUCCUGCUCUCUGCGGUGCACUUCAUUCUCCACCAGACCAGGAACUCUGAAAGCUCCCCUUUAUUUUAUCAGCUGAUUGUAAACGGUUUACUUUGUACGCCUCUCAUGGUUGUGUCCACGGUGAUUCUCUUGAUUCAAACGAAGUCUAAAAUGCAAUGCAAUCAAAGGAAACUGGUCACCACCAUCGUGCUGGCUCUCAUUUUCUUCCUCCUUUUUUCUCUCCCAAUGGAUGCCUUAUAUGUCAUUGAAUAUUUAGGUUCCUAUAAUCCCCUCCUCCUGACCAUUGGGGUAGGAUGUGCGGCUGUCAGCAGCAGCUUCAACCCACUCCUUUAUUUCUUAGUGGGGAGGAAGACGGGAAAGGAACAACCCAAAACAUCUUACAAGGUUGCUCUGCAAAGAGUCUUCAAGGAUGAGAAGGACAGCUCAGAACAGCAGCAAACCAUGAAAGAAGACCAGUUGUGAAGUAUCAAUACUGUUGUUCAUUCAAGUCAUAAACCAGGGGUGGGUUUACUACCGGUUCGCAACGGGGCUGCGUGCGCAUGCUCACUUCGCUCAUCCAGGCGCGCGCUCUUUUGCACAAGCGCAGAAGCUUCUGCGCAUGUGCAGAAGCAUUUUCAUUGUGUCAGGGUCAGUGGGUGGAGCCUCCCACCAGUUUUACUACCGGUUCUAUAGAACCGGUGUGAACCGGGAAGAACCCACCACUGGUCAUAAGCAAUAUAUUGUUCAGAAAGAACAUGGGAAAUUAAUGUAAUUUAGGAAUCCGAAUAGCAAAAAUGGAAACCGUGCUGCAUAUGUAGUUUCUAGAAGUGAAGAAGAGACGUUCAUAUCAUAUCUUGACAUUAUAUAAUUCAAUCACAUUUCAUAAUAAUUCGCCGUGCUCUCAAAACUUUUCUAUUUCAGCAGGCUGGCCUGGCCUAACUCUCCUCUUUUGAAUUUUUAAUUCAUGAUUUUAUAAAUUGAGUGUUUUAAUCUGUGUUUCGGCCAAAAUAUUUAAUAAUUUUAAGGGUUUUUUUUAAUAUUUGUAUUAUCUGUAUUUUAU